GGCGCAGGGGGCAGCGGCGCUCCCCCACCCGGCUGAGCUUCUGCCCCUACAAGGUUUGGGCCGCGGUGGGGGAGGGUCCCGGGCCCCGGCUCCGCCCGGCCCCUCCCAGCCUUUUAGGCGCCCGCGCGGCUGGGACAUCCCAGUCCCGCUUGGUCUUCCUCGCCCGCCACCCGUGCGCCCAGUCCGCGCAGCCAGCCCAGUUCGUCCAGUCUACACUGCCCGCCGGCCGGCCCGCCCCCCACCGCAGCCAUGGACGCGAUCAAGAAGAAGAUGCAGAUGCUAAAGCUGGACAAGGAGAAUGCCAUCGACCGUGCCGAGCAGGCCGAGGCCGACAAAAAGCAGGCUGAGGACCGCUGCAAGCAGCUGGAGGAGGAGCAGCAGGCCCUCCAGAAGAAGCUGAAGGGGACAGAGGAUGAGGUGGAAAAGUAUUCUGAGUCAGUGAAGGACGCCCAGGAGAAACUGGAACAGGCUGAGAAGAAGGCUACCGAUGCCGAGGCAGAUGUGGCCUCCCUGAACCGCCGCAUUCAGCUGGUAGAGGAGGAGUUGGACCGAGCGCAGGAGCGCCUGGCCACAGCCCUGCAGAAGCUGGAGGAGGCUGAGAAGGCAGCUGACGAGAGCGAGAGAGGAAUGAAGGUCAUCGAAAACCGAGCCAUGAAGGAUGAGGAGAAGAUGGAGCUGCAGGAGAUGCAGCUGAAGGAGGCCAAGCACAUCGCUGAGGAUUCCGACCGCAAAUACGAGGAGGUGGCCAGGAAGCUGGUGAUCCUGGAAGGAGAGCUGGAGCGCUCAGAAGAGAGAGCAGAGGUGGCUGAGAGUAAAUGUGGGGACCUAGAGGAGGAGCUGAAAAUUGUUACCAACAACUUGAAAUCCCUGGAAGCCCAAGCGGACAAGUAUUCCACCAAAGAAGAUAAAUAUGAAGAGGAGAUCAAACUGCUGGAGGAGAAGCUAAAAGAGGCUGAGACCCGAGCAGAGUUUGCCGAGAGGUCUGUGGCAAAAUUGGAGAAGACCAUCGAUGACCUGGAAGACGAGGUCUAUGCACAGAAGAUGAAGUACAAGGCCAUCAGCGAGGAACUGGACAACGCACUCAACGACAUCACCUCCCUCUGAGCCCCACGCCAGUGUGGCCCCCUCAGCCCCUUCUCUCUCCUCUUUCCAUUCUCUGUGGGGAGGAGGCAGGCAGGAGGAGCAAAAUGGUCAGCAUCACACAGCCAGGCUGGGCGCCGCCUCAGAGAGCCCCCGCCACACCUGCCGCCCACCUUGGCACUUGCUUCGUCCUUCUAUCCACCCACUCCACCCAGCCUCUGCCUCUUUCUGCUGCUUAAUAAACUCAACUUGGUCUCCA